GAUGUGCUGCGUGGAGUGCGGAAAAAUCGCAUUGCUUUUGUCCAUCUACUAUUUGUUUUUAUAAUUUAUUGAUUUUUUUUUAAAGACAGAAUGUAUUAAAUCGACGUAUCGACGACGUAUCAUUUUACAACACAUGUUCAGUAGGUGCAUAUUACACAAGUGUUUGAGAUGAAGGAUAAGAUGGCCGUCCCUCUAUUCACUGUGUUGGUGUUGUGCGUAGACACGUGUGCGGUGAUGUGCGUAGGUGCCAUCCAGCUGUCCCCGUCCUUCAUUAAUAACUCCUUUAUCACGCUGUGGGCUGGAGGACUGAUCAGAACUUGCCUCCUCCUCUUCCUUGCCUUCACCUUCUCCGGCAGCCCGAAGUGGAUGAAAGGGUUCGAGGGUGUGCAGACCGCUGGAGUUCAUGGUCUUCUCUACCCAGUGUACAUCACCCUUCUCUGGGCUUGUGGCAGGUCUACUGUGGAGCUGGUAUGGGGUUGGCACACCUGGCAAGGGCUUCUGCAGGGGUAUGUGGUGUUGGCUUUGUCUCUGUUGCUGUGGAAACGCUAUGUGCCCAACAUCCUCCCGACAACCAAAAAGCAAAAGACCCAGCCGAAGGGCAAGGCCUCGCUGCAAAGACUGCUUGGAUACAUGAAGCCUUUCACAGGACGCUUUGCAGCCGUCUUCUUCUUUGUGGUUGUGUCUUCAUUAGGUGAAAUGGCGAUUCCUCAUUACACUGGUAAAAUGACAGACUGGAUCAUGAAUGAAGAUGAACCUGAGGCCUUUAAUCACGCUAUCACUGUCAUGACACUGAUGACCGUUAUGAGUGCUGUUUGUGAGUUUGUGUGCGACCUCAUCUACAACAUCACCAUGAGCCGAAUACACACGUCCAUCCAAGGUCUCGUCUUCCAGUCGGUGCUCAAACAGGAUAUCACAUUCUUCGAUAAAGCUUCAACAGGGGACAUUGUGUCUCGUAUCACAACGGACACCAACACCAUGAGUGAGUCUCUCAGUGAGAAGUUGAGUCUUCUCAUGUGGUACUUCAUGCGUGUCAUCUUCCUGUUCGGCUCCAUGCUGCUGCUGUCCACCAGACUGUCCAUUUUCACCGCUCUCGGCCUCCCCGUCAUCUGGAUCAUUCCAGAAUUCUCUGGCCAGUUCUACCAGAAACUUUCUGUACAAGUGCAAGAGUCUCUCGCCAAGGCCAACGAUGUUGCCACGGAAACAUUCUCUUCCAUUAAGACAGUCAGGAGCUUUGCUAACGAGGACGGAGAAACUGAGCGAUACAGGAAGCGCUUAGAGGAGACGUAUGCACUGAACAAAGUGGAAGCCGCGGCUUAUGCUGCCUCUACAUGGACCAAUAGUAUGUCCAGUCUGGCUUUAAAAGUCAGUAUACUGUAUUAUGGAGGGCGGCUUGUGACAGGAAGUGAUGUCAGUAGUGGUGAUCUGGUGGCCUUUGUGCUAUAUGAGCUGCAGUUCACGACUGCUGUGGAGGCUCUGAUGUCAUGCUGGCCACAUGUAAAGAAGGCUGUUGGUGCAUCAGAGAAGAUCUUCGAGUAUGUUGACCGUAAGCCUGAUAUUCCUCCUGAUGGAUCACUCGCACCUCAAGCUCUAAAGGGACACGUGCACUUCAAAAAUAUCACCUUUGCCUAUCCAAAGAGACCUGAUACAAACGUACUGAAGAAUGUUUCUCUCGAGCUAAAGGCAGGUCAGAUCACUGCUCUAGUGGGACCAUCAGGUGCUGGGAAAAGCACUUUUGUGUGUUUAUUGGAGAGAUUUUACCAGCCUCAAAAUGGAGAGAUCUUACUGGACCAAAAACCACUGCUAACCUACAAAGACCAAUAUCUGCAUGAGAAGAUUAGUGUGGUGUCACAGGAGCCAGUUCUGUUUGCUCGAACAGUGCGAGAAAACAUCAAAUACGGUAAAGAAAAUGCCUCUGAUGAAGAGAUGUACGCAGCUGCCAAACUCGCCAAUGCACAUGAAUUCAUUUUGAAUACAUUUCCUAAAGGAUAUGAUACGGAUGCAGGAGAGAAGGGCGGUCAAGUCUCCGGAGGUCAGAAGCAGCGUAUCGCCAUCGCUAGAGCUCUGAUUCGACAACCGCAGGUUCUAGUGCUCGAUAAUGCAACAAGCUCAUUGGACACAGAGAGUGAACACAGGGUGUACAGCGCUCUGAGAAAGGACAUGAGGAAAUGCACGGUGCUGCUCAUCAGUAACGGGCUGAGCGGGGUCGAGAGCGCAGAUCACAUUGUCUUCCUGCGAGAAGGGGAAGUGGUCGAGCAGGGCAACCACAGCGAACUUCUGGCAAAGAAUGGAUUGUACGCAGAGUUUGUGAAACAACAGAAUGCUUCUAUCCAACGCAAAACAAAGGAUGCCACAAACACCGACCCCUGAUGAACGUCUC